AUGACCUUGUUGUCCAAUCCAAACCUAAGGUGGUUUUCCUUAGUGAAACCCAUUGCCAUACAUCCGAACGGCUUUUUCAUCUUAAACAACAAAUGGGGUUUGAUAAGGCAUAUCAAGUCCCAAUUAAGUGACGGUGCAUCAGGAGGAUUAGCGCUCUUUUGGUCUUCAGAGAUUUACCUGCGGUUAAGGGACUUCUCACCCAAUUUCAUUGACGCCGAGAUAGGACCAGUUGCUGCCCUGACAUCCACAGAUGGAAUUGAGAGGGUAGUUGUGGACUACUUCAAAAAUAUCUUCAAGGCUAAGGUUCAUGACGUGGAAGCCCUAGAUUUGGUUUUGGAAGCUGUUCAACCUCGUAUUACAGAGUCUAUGUCUCAGGCUUUAUGUGCUGCAUAUACCUCGGAGGAAAUUCGAUUGGCUCUCUUCCAGAUGUAUCCGACUAAAUCACCGGGUCCGGAUGGUAUGCCUCCACUCUUUUAUCAAAGGUUCUGGCCCUCUAUUGGUACAGAUGUAGUUGUAGCCGUUCAGAACUUUCUAAAUAUAGGUCAGCUGCUAAAAGAAAUUAACUAUACUCAUGUGGUACUAAUUCCAAAAGUGCAAGAGCCCCAAAGUAUGUCUGACUUGCGCCCUAUAGCCCUGUGUAAUGUCAUCUACAGAAUUUGUGCUAAAGUUAUAUCGAACCGGUUGAAACCUCUUCUAGAUCAAAUUAUCUCCCCUUGUCAAAGUGCGUUCGUUCCAGGGCGCUUGAUUACUGAUAAUGUCUUGGUAGCCAAUGAGAUCUCACAUUUUCUACAUACUAAACGGUUUGGGGAUGAAGGUUUCAUGGCUUUGAAAUUAGAUGUAAGCAAGGCAUAUGACCGCAUGGAAUGGAGCUUUCUAAAAGGUGUAUUAGUAUGGCUAGGGUUUCCUGUGUCAUGGAUUAAUCUUGUUAUGGGGUGUGUCACUUCUGUUCGGUACUCAUUUCUAGUGAAUGGAGAACCUACAGGUUAUGUUUCUCCAACUAGAGGGCUUCGCCAAGGUGAUCCUCUAUCCCCAUAUCUAUUCCUUUUAUGUACAGAAGGGUUUUCAGCUUUACUUGCUCAGAAGGCUUAUCUAGGUUUGUUGACUGGAAUUCAAAUUUGUCAAGGAGCUCCCUCCAUCAGUCACUUACUGUUUGCAGAUGACAGCCUAUUGUUUGCUCAAGCUUCUUUUUCCACUUGUUCACAAAUCAUGGAAGUGCUUCACGUCUAUGAGUGUGCUUCAGGACAGUCAAAAAAGUCAACCUUUGCUUAUCUAAGAGAUCGAUUACAGAAAAAGCUUCAUGGUUGGUGUGGAAACCUGUUGAGUGGUGCAGGAAAGGAACUACUAAUCAAGGUGGUUGCGCAAACGUUGCCCUCUUAUGCUAUGAGUUGCUUUCUUUUACCGAAAACUUUUUGCGAAGACAUGCAACAAGAUUGUGCUAAGUUUUGGUGGGGUAGUUCUUCAGAUCAUCGGAAGAUCCACUGGAAGAGUUGGGACGCUUUAUGGGCACCGAAAGCAGCAGGGGGCCUGGGUUUUCGCAAUCUCUAUGCACAUAACUUGGCGAUGUUAGCUAAACAAGCAUGGCGUAUAAUCUCAACACCUUCUUCUCUUAUUGGCCAAUUAUAUAAAUCUCUUUAUUUCCAAUUGGGGAGCUUUUGGACAGCUGAAUUGGGAUAUGCACCAUCUUAUUCUUGGCGAAGCAUUUUGGCUUCUAAACCAUUGUUAGAACUUGGCUCUCGCUGGCAAGUGGGUAAUGGAGCAUCCAUUAAAGUAUGGGAAGAUAGGUGGCUUCCUCGUCCCAAUUUAUUCAAACCAUAUUUGCAGCCUCCAACCACUUCAGUGGAGUUUGUUAGUGAUCUGAUUGAUUCAGACUCUUGUACAUGGAAAGCAUCUCUGUUGGAGUCUACUUUUUCACCUGAAGAUUGUGAGAUAAUUACUUCAAUUCCUCUAAGUUUUCGGCUUCCUCCUAAUCGCAUAAUUUGGCAUUAUGAUCCCAAAGGUAUUUUUUCUAUUAAAAGUGCCUAUGUGGUAGCAAGGGACAAGAUUUUACAGAUCAAUAAUGGGGCCUCUUCGUCUUCAUUGUCACAAUCUUCAUCUCAGUUGUGGGGGUCAAUAUGGAAAUCUCAUGUGCCUGCUAAGGUGAAGGAAUGGUUUUUGUCUUAUAUGGAGCAUUUUACAAAGGAACAGGUUGAUCUAUUUAUGGUUUUAUUUUGGACUAUUUGGAUGACAAGGAAUGAUAAGCUCUGGCAUGGUUUGGAGAGCUCCCCUGCUGAUGUUAGUAUUAAGAGUAUUGUGAGGCUUCAAGCUUUUCACGCUGCAAACCCUUACCACAAAACUAACCGGAGGCAGCUAGUUCGUCCUUGCUGGACUCCUCCUCCUCAGGCUUGGCUUAAAGUGAACGUAGAUGGAUCCUUCAAUGCCUCAAUGAAGAUGGGUGGCAUUGGGUUGGUGAUAUGUGAUUCUAGUGGGCAUUUUGUGGCUGGUCAUGCUGCCCCUCUCACGCAAAUACGGUCUCCAGAGCAGGUUGAGCUUAUGGCAGUCCUUCUAGCUGUACGCUUUGUCCUUGAUCAUGGGCUUCAACAUGUAGUCUUUGAAUCAGACUCAUUGCAAGUUGUCAAAGCGUGCAAUUCGGUAUCUUCUAAUUUGUCUAUCCUUGGGUAUUUAUACGAGGAUGUUACAUUGUCUCUUGCAGACCUACCUGGCUCUACACUUCAUCAUGUGUAUCAUGAAGCUAAUGAAGCGGCUCACCGUUUGGCUCGUCAAGCUCUUAAUUCUGCUAGUCCUGAAUCUUGGUUUACAACACCUCCGGGUAUUAUAUCGGAUGUGUUAUUUGUUGAUUGUAACCAUAUUUGA